ACUCAAUUAUCCAACCUUCACGAUGACAUGAUCGUAUGUAUACAUUACGGACCUGAUAAUACCCCGGAGGUUCCGACAGAGCUGGACUGAUGGGACAUAUGUACAAAUAGCAUGACUGCGCUCUGGACUACUAUGGUAAACGUCUCGCUGUAAUUAUCCCCCCGCUCCCUCUAUCCUAUCCCUUGCUUGUCUGAUAGGCUAAUGGAUGGGGUAGACCUGCUCCUCCGACAAAACCAUCAAAAUCUUUGAGGUGGACCGCGACAACCAUCGUCUCCUCGAAACUCUUCGCGGGUGACUUCCCUCCUCUUCCUCUCUCCCCUUCCGGCCCAGCUAAUCCUUGAUGAAAGCCACGAUGGGCCGGUCUGGCAAGUCUCCUGGGCCCACCCCAAGUUCGGCACGAUCCUCGCCAGCGCCUCCUACGACGGAAAAGUCAUAAUCUGGCAAGAGCGCUCAGGAUCGUGGUCGAAGCUAUUCGAGCACGCGAAUCAUCAUGCCUCCGGUAAUCCCCCCCCCCCCACCCUAAGCUCGCGGUGAGCAAGCAAGUGCUAAAAACGCAAAGUAAACUCCGUCCAAUGGGCCCCUCACGAAGUCGGCGCAGUCCUUGCCUGCGCCUCCUCCGACGCUAAAGUCUCGGUGCUGGAAUUCAAGGACGACGGAACCUGGGACACCAAGCUCUUCGCAGCCCACGUGAUCGGCUGCAACGCCGUAUCCUGGGCGCCAGCAACCCAACCUGCUAGUCUCGUCCAAACCACACCUUCCCCCGCCUCGACCUCCACUACCGUCCCCGCCACCCAGCAGCAGCAGCACCUCACGCAACGCAGAUUCGUAACCGGCGGUUCGGACAACCUGGUCAAGAUCUGGUCUUACAGUCCCGAGGUCGGCACCUACGUUCAGGAAUCUGCCCUUGAGGGGCACCAGGAUUGGGUCCGCGACGUGGCGUGGGCACCCUCCAUCUUGCCGAAGUCGUACAUCGCCAGCGCGUCGCAGGAUAAGUCCGUCAUCAUCUGGACUCAGCAGGACGGCGGGGCGUGGAAUAAAAAGGUGCUGCAGAUGGACACGGUGCUUUGGAGGGUUAGCUGGAGUCUCUCCGGGAAUGUGCUUGCUGUUAGUGGUGGGGAUAAUAAGGUUAGUCUUUGGAAGGAGACUUUGAAGGGAGAGUGGGAGAGGGUUAGCAGUGUUGAGGAGUAGAUACAGAGGUUGUACUGUACUGGUAUCUUAGUAUUUUUUAUUUUUUAUUUUUUUCCCUUUAACGGUGUGGGCAGGUUAGACGAAUGGAUGGAGACGAAAAAAGUUUGAGACGAGCCGAUUGAUGGCUUUAAUUACCAUGUA